AUGUCCGACCCGAGCAGCAGUGCAGCGCAGCCCCAAGCUGUUACCGAGUCCACGCCGCUCCUGGGCCCCCAGGAAGCCACGCGUGACGACUUGGCAGUGCCCUCGCCUCAACAUGCUCCCGAUGAGGAGAGAGCUGUGGGUGCAGACGGCGGCGAGCCCGGCGGCGAGAAUCACCCCCGCCGGAACUGGACGUUGAUCCUCACGAGCUUGUCCGUAGUCUUCUCAUCCAGCGCAUUGAUUCUGUACUUGGGUGUGCAGGUCCUCCAAGCGAUAGACUAUCAUUAUCUCGGGUACAGGACAAUAGUCGCCAUGAAUUUCUCCGCUGUCUUGUCUUUCGUUGCGCUCAUCUGCUCGUCCUUCAACCUCCAUGGACUACGCCGCCACGGCGUUGCCUCUAUGCCGCUGGGUAUCAACAUCAUUGUGGACAUUCUCGUCUUUGUCUACAUUUUCUUCCCUGUCCUGGACGCUCUGUACGAGAACAUCAGUAAUGUGUUUGGUGCUCUUGAGAUCGUCAUCUUCGUGUACCUGCUCGUCGUCCUUUUUCUGAGCUUGGUGCAUCUCAUUCUCCUCGUCAUGCGGACCGUGGCAGCGUUCCGUGCCCGCCGUGGAACUCAAACCCGAUGGAGCAUCCCGACCGGCCAGCUCACGUUUGAGUUUACCAUUAAGUUGCUGCGACAGGAGGUUCUUGGCCGAAGUUCGCCGGAGACUGUACAGCCGGCUGCUGCCCAGGGCGAUGUGCAGCGCCAAUCGUAG